AUGGAAGGGCUGGAUUCUGGGCUGAAGUUCAUGCCCAGAGAGGACUGGGACACGACGGAGCAGUUCCUGGCGGUCUCUGAUCAGAAGCAUGUGGAGAAGAAACCGUACCGGCGUAUCCGGCUGGUGAUCGGGCUAGCGCUUGGAGCCGGGCUGCUGGCUCUGCUGAUCGGACUGCUGGUGUGGGGUUUCCACUCUAACCAAGAUGUCCAGGUGAAGAAAGUCUACAUCGGCUCUGUGGGGAUCAGUGGCAAGCCCUUCCUUCCGGAGUAUGAGGAUCCCAGCAGCCUCCAGUUCAAGAAGCUGGCCAAUCAGGUCGACAAGGAGCUCAGACGGAUGUACUCGGAAAACCCUGUCCUGGACAAAUACUUCACACGCUGCUCGGUCCAGGCAUUCAGCGAUGGAGACGGUGGCCCAGACAGCAUCCUGGCAUAUUACGAGUCAGAGUUUGAACUCCCCGCCUCCCAGGAGGCCUCGCUGAAUGAAGCCAUCCAGUCCCUGGAGCCGUCGGCAGGAAGUCAGCAUGCCCAGCGGGGACGACAGAUCCAGAGACCCACCGAAUCUCUGACCCUCAGGAGCGUCUCCUCUCAAGCUCUGGAUCUGCGGCUAAGCAGGACCAACAUAACUGAGAAAGUGCCGAUCAACCUGCAUGUCAAGAACAAGAAUAAAAUCGAUUCUCCCGGGUUCCCAGACUCUACUUAUCCUCCCAACACGUCCCAGAAGUGGAGCCUUCGGGCCGAACAGGGACACAGAGUCCGUCUGGAUUUCCACACCUUGUUCCUGGAGGAUGACUGUGAGAAGGACUUCAUCCAGAUCUACGACUCGCUGCUUCCGAUCGAGUCCCAACUCCUCACAGAGCAGUGUGGAUACCCCCAUGGCUCCCUUUCCUACGUGUCGUCGGGGAACGUCAUGCUGGUUCUGCUGGUCACCAACAGUGAGAAGAACUUCCCUGGAUUCAGAGCCUACUACUCCCAGAUCCCAGCCAACACUGCAGAAUGUGGAGGAAAGCUGCUGGGAGAGAGAGGAAACUUCUCUUCGUCAUUAUUUCCUGUGAACUAUCCUCCUAAAGCCGUCUGUACCUGGGAGAUCCAGGUUCCUCAAGACAAGUUUGUGAAGGUCGAGUUCAAAAAGUUUGAAGUUGGGAAAGAUGGAGCAACUUGUGUCGGUGAUUAUGUGGAGAUCGAAGAUCAGAGGUUGUGUGGAAACAGGUUAGAAAGCAACGUGUUUACCAGCGAGAGCAACAAGAUGACCAUCAGGUUCCAGUCCGACACGUCGCUCGUCUAUCAGGGAUUCACCGCGUACUACGAAGCCUUCAUCCCGACCAAUCCUUGUCCCGGCAAGUUCAAGUGCAGCAACAACAUGUGCAUCAUCAGCGAUCGGAAAUGUGACGGCUACAACGACUGUGGAGACAACAGUGACGAGAUCAACUGCAAGUGCGACGUCACGCAGAUGAUGUGUAAAAACAAUCUCUGUAAGUCAAAGGCGUGGAAGUGUGACGGCGUGGACGACUGUGGGGAUAACUCUGAUGAAGAAGGCUGUGAAUGUAAAAAAGAGCAGUUUUCCUGCAGAAACGGACGCUGCAUCGCAGAGGACCUGAAGUGCAACGGCAAAAACGACUGUGGCGACGGUUCUGAUGAGUCCAAGUGUGAAAAAUCUCUGAUGCUUAAGUGCUCAGCCACCACCUACCGCUGCAAGAACGGCCGCUGCAUCAGCAAAGCCAACCCCGAGUGUGACGGGCAGACGGACUGUUCGGACGGCUCUGAUGAGGAGAACUGCAAUUGUGGCAGGCGGGAGUAUCAAAGCUCCCGCAUCAUCGGCGGUCAGGCAUCUCGGAAGGGGGAGUGGCCCUGGCAGGUGAGCCUCCACGCCAGAGGGCAGGGACACACGUGUGGAGCGUCGGUGCUAAACGACUGCUGGCUGCUGACCGCCGCCCACUGCGUCCAGGACGAGUACGCUGAGGCCAACCAAUGGGAGGCCUUCCUGGGACUCCAUGUGCAGGGUCAGACCAAUGAGUGGACAGUCACCCGGAGGAUCAAACGGAUCAUCCCCCAUGAGGAUUACAACACUUUAAGCUUUGAUAAUGACAUUGCCCUGAUGGAGCUGGACUCCAGCGUGACCCUGAACCAGUACAUCUGGCCCAUCUGUCUGCCGCCUUCCAGCGACGACUUUCCUGCAGGCCAAGAGGCAUGGAUCACCGGCUGGGGCGCCAUGGUGGAAGGAGGUUCCAGUGCUAAGAUCCUGCAGAAGGCGAUGGUCCGGAUCAUCAACCACACGACGUGCAAGAAUCUGCUGCAGGAUGAUGUCACAGACAGGAUGCUGUGCGCCGGGAUCCUGGACGGCGGCGUGGACGCCUGUCAGGGCGACUCCGGCGGGCCUCUGACCGUCACCAACCCCAGCGGGCGUGUGUUUGUGGCGGGUUUGGUGAGCUGGGGCCAAGGCUGUGCCCAAAGGAACAAACCUGGCGUCUACACCCGCAUGACCAAGUUCCGGAGCUGGAUAAAGGAACGCAGCGGAGUUUAACAGAACUUUCCUCAUCGUUUGCUGCCUAUUUACAAUCCAAGCUGCUCCUCUCCCGUCAUCCAUCUCUACAGUUCCACAUGUUCUGUUCCAGCUCCUGUUUCUUUCCUUUAAACUCCAGUGAAAAGAGCUCAGGUCUAUAAUCCACACAGAACAGCGAUGGUGUUAACAUACUUCCUGCUACUGAUGAACAGUUUUAUAUAAGGUUAACCAAUGACGUUCACCUAAACAUAAAAUAUUUCCCAUCUGUGAAGCAGAAACUCUGAAAAACCUUGAAGAAAAUCUCCAACUCUUCUGUUGUUUCCUGAAGAGCUUUUGGGUCGUAUGCAACUCCAUGGUGUUCCUCAGGGACGUGUGUUCGCUCCCUCAGAGAUUAACAAUACAAAAUGUUAAAAAGUGUUUUUUUUUUUUUUUAGAUAUUACAUGAAAUGGAUGCAGAUUAGUAAAAUGAGGAGAAACUGCUGGGAUCCCGCCGUGGCUGUGCUCUUUCAGGGUGAAUGUUUCUUUUUUACAAUGGUUGGAUUUUAAACUGUGAACAGAACCAACAGAACCGCUGUAGGUACCCGAUCUGCUCGGGUCCUGCUUCCUGCCUGUGACGUUACGCUACAUGAUUGGCUGAACAUUGCCACAAG